GGGAAUUGGCUUCCUCAACUCCCAUUCCCCUUCCUGCUUAAACUCUCAUUCCCUCUAAUCAAACAGUGGACUUUUAAUCUCCUCACCCCUCAACUCCCAUUCCCCAUCUCGAAUUCCCCCGAACCAAACACGCUGUAAGGAUUUCCUCUAUCAAAAUAGAGAAGAAAAAUAAACCGCUCCCCCACCCAAAUCGAUCGAUCCAUCUCAACCUAGCUAGGUUUCCGGCGAGGCGAUGGCCAGCCUCUGUGGCCAGCACCGGCCAUCUCCGCGUCUACGGUCCGGCGUUGCCUCAUGAAGGCACCCUGUCGUGGGAGGAGAGAGAGCAGGACACGUCACUCCUCCUCCUCAGGAUCGGGCACCACCGCGACGAAGCCAGCAGGCUGCUCGCCUCGCACCCCGAUCUGCUACGCUUCCUCGAUGCGGCGACCUGCGUCGGCCUGCUCGAUCCCGUCUCCAACAUAGUCGUCAGCGCCAUGCUUGCCGCCGCCGCAGAUCCCGUCGGCGGGGCCUCGGCGCUCGUCGGCGUCGCCGACAUGGACAUGAAGCAGCGCUCCCUCGACGGCCUCGUCGCCUUCCUCACCUGCUUCUUCCCUCACCUCACCGACUGGGAGGCCGUCAGGUACCUUGUCCUCGCCGAGGCCGACCCCCUCGUUGCCGCGCGCAUCGUCGUCGAUGACCGCCGCACCAAGUGCUUCCGCCCAGGCUCCGCGGCCACCAACGGCGCCCUCAGGCUCGCUCUCAAGUGCGCAACGGUGGCCGCCAAGCAUCCGUGUCCCUCCGAGCUCGCGGGCGUUUGGCUGUCCAUGUGCUCCUCCCUCGACACCCUCGAGAAGGCCGUCUCCUUGCUCAAUUCCCCCGGCGACAUCCUCCACACUCUGGCCAAGCAGACGCCAUAUGUCCCUUGUCCGGCUCCUGUUGGCAUUGGCAGCAGCCUCAUCAGACCAUGGGAGCUUGCCGCCCGUCGCAGUAAGCACGCCGCCACGGUGACCCACCAGUAUUCCUGGUCACUUAGGCGAGUGCUCCUACAUACGAUCCAUGGUUUCUACCUGCAGGCUCUCGCCAGGAUGCCGGGCGGCGACCUGCGGUCUCGGUACCACCGGAGCAUGCUCAAGGCUGGCCAUUGCUACGGCCCUUUCGAUUCUGUCACCAACAUCAUCGUCAACACCAUCUGGUACGAAGCCACCUUCCCACCACUGAGUCAACUGGACGAGCUCGACAUUCUCGGCACCUUGAACCUGAUGCGGAUUGAAGCACGAUCCUUGUAUGGACUUGUCUCUUUCCUCUGCACCCAUGACAAAGGUCUCAAUGCCGAUCAGGCCAUAAGGAUCCUGCUCGACAUGGAUCUCGACUUGGCCGCGACAAAGCAGUGCAGCGGUGUCCAGGAAGAACAAGAAGAAGCCUUCAGGGCUGCUGCAAUUGCGGCAUGGCAUCCCAGACCCGAUGCCCAGGCAGGAUUCCUCAGUUCAUGCAGGAAACCUGAAGUCCUGUUACUGCUGUCAGAUAAUGGGGGCCAACAACAGCUCUCCUCUCAGUGUGUCCAGCAGCUUGCCAUGCUAUUGUCAUCUGCUUUCAAUUCCACUGGCAUCUCAGCCCAGCAGAAGCAGCCAGUUGCCGUUUGUGAACGGGCAUUCAAUCUUAGCAUGUCAGAGGGACGCAAACAGCGAAGGGAUCAUAAAAGAAUCUCCAGAAAGGUCAAGGCUGCACUAAGCAGAUAUGAGAUGCAGAAUUCGGGGCACGCCUGUUACCGGCUUCAUGUGAUCUGCGGUGUGAAUGUAUCCGUAUCUGGUCGUGACUGGAAGCGAAAAACUCGUUUCGACGAUGACUACUACCAUCACAUACAUGCCAACUUUCUGGUGACGCAGGAUGUUGGCUCUGUAGGUUCAGUUCCAGUACUCUUCUUUGCUGAGCUUAGCAAUGACGAUGAUGGCGACAAGGAUAGCCAGCUUUUAUGUUGCCCUGUGGAUUUUCCAACACCAGGGGCUGAGCCAGUGCGCUGCCUUUUCUGCGAGCUAGAAGGGAUCAGGAUUGUGCACCCGGCUAGUGGGGAGGGAUUCCAUGGGCACGAGGUGGAGUUUGGGAAGAUGGUCCGCGGAGAAGAUCUAUAUGACAACGGCUACUAUCGGGAGGUGUACAACAACGACCGCAUUCUAAGUAAUGGCGAUUAUGUUACGAACUGGAUCCAUGAUGGACUCGAGGAGGACUACAUGUACCUAGGUAGCAAUGACUUCACCAUCAAGGAAGACGACGGCCAUGAGUCGGAUGAAUAUGGAGACGAGUAGUAUAUAUAGUGACAGGGGUGUAGUAUUCACUUCACUGAUGAUCCUCAUAUUAAGCUGUAGCUAGUUUGUGUGCUUCUUCCAUUUAUAUUGGGCAGGUCUUCUGAAAGGUGGUGAUAAAACCAAGCUUCAGGAAGCGGUCAAUCAGCCGUUGGCGAUUGUGACGUAUCUUGCUGGUCAGAUGCGUGAGGCUCCGGCUGGAGCCAAUAGGGCGCUUGGAGCUGGUGAUCAAGCAGGAGUCUUGUGUAUUGCUGAUGCCUGUGGCCGUAGUUUUUCUGCUCCUUUAAACGUUGUGGUCCUUUUGUCUCUAGUUCUAUCUAGUGCAUUGAACUCUACUGUUGUGGUUGCAGGUGAUACCAGGUUUUCGUGUAGCGAGCGCUUUGAUGGCGAUCACUCACAACGGGUUUCCCUCAGCUCUCUGCCUCUCUUUUCAAUUACCAAUUUGCUGGUCUUGUAAGAACUAAAUAUCUCGGUUGAGCGAUACUGGAAAGGGAAACUGUUUGUUUCUUUGGAAUCUGUUGGCAUCCGUAUAGUGCCCGGAGCAGAAAGACAUGGGAUGCUCGACCCAAAUAAGGUAAUAACACAGCUAAACCCCCCAAGUGAGGCAGGAGAUUGCUCACGAGAAAUGUGGAAGCUAAUUGGAGCACCCCUUUGCCGAAUAAGGUGAGAAUUUUUGCUUGAAGAGUAGCCUGGGACAGCGCUUGUCCUGAGUCUUGUGGCUACAAGACUGAAACUAGAUUUCGUGCUACAGUAGACUGUACUAAAGCCAAAGCUUUGAGAAACGAAAUGAGAAGAUCCCAGAGCUUGUUUCCGCAGGGCUGCUUUCCAGUAUUCUGGACCGGAUUGGCUCUUGCUGCUUCUUUCAAGAAUUUUUGAGGGUUCUCAUGAUUUUCUGGACA